CUCGUGCAAGAGUGAUGAAUGAUUCGUUUGCUGUGCAUAUGUGAACUUAUCUGCGAUUUCAGUUCACUCGCGGAAUUCUAAAUCUCCUCGUUCGAGUUCAGUUAGUUAGUUUAGUUCCUGCUGCUGCCGAACAUAAAUAAAAGUAGUCACAGCAGUUUUGUACUUUUAUUCCGGUUUCAAUUGAAACGUUUGAUUCCUUCAUUCACAACGUUUUUUAUACGAUUUAUUUUUUCUCCUAGUUGAUAUUUGAGAUUGGAUGCAAGUGAAUCGCAUUGUUUAAAUUUGGAAUCUGAGUGAAAAUAGUUAAUCAGAGGUGACAGCGUGUGGUGGCGAAUAGUAUCCGGUACUGUUGGAUUUUUUCGUGGCGCAGCGUGAAAUUAAUUGAUGACUUUUUGAGAACCUAAAUGAAAGUGAAACUCGGUAAUAUUCUCAAAAUGAAGACUUCAGUAGUGCCAAAUAAUAAUUCGGGGAAAGCCUCCACGACAAGUAAAUCGAGUAAUAAGGAAGCCACAAAGUUGGUGGAGAAGGAGUUGGAAGAGGUGAACAAGCAAUUGAAAGGGAUGUCUGUCGGGUCGGCGAAUGGGAGCAAGAAAUCUAAAUUUUUGAAAGAGGGGGCUAACGAGCUAAAUCUUUGGGAACAGAAGCUCAAAUUGAAACAAUGGAUUAACGUGACUGAAGAGGGAUACAAAGUUUUAGGAAAGAAGGGACCCAGCAUAAUUAUUUACAAAUGUGUGCUGGUCAGUUUGUGUAGAUUAGGGAAGUUUGACGAUGUCGUCGAAUUACUCGAACAAUGGAAACGGACGGCUCCAUCGGAUAUCAUGUUGGAAACGAAGCAGAAAAUGGAGGGUUACUUAACAGCGAUCAGAUCUGGGGUGGAUGUGACCAAGCUACUUUUAAAUAUAGAGGAUGUUAUUAAAGUUUAUGAUUCUGGGCUUUAUUCGUCGUCUUCUUUUUCGGGAGCGACAAACUCGUUGGAGCCGAAUUGGAAGCAUCGACCACCUCCACAGCGUCACAAUACAUUUUCCAUGUGCCCUCGCUUAUCUUCUGGGACGGACUGUCUGUACGGGAAUGAAUGCUUAUCUGCACAUUCAAAAGAGGAAAUGAAGGAGUGGCAGCAACGAAUUACGUGGAAGAGCAAACUAUUAGCUAAUGGUGGUAGUAGUAAUUGUGAUGGAGGGGCAACUAAUUUAGCAAAUAACGCUGUCUCUUCAAUAUCUUCUGGGGUGUCCUCCUCAGCUCUACAAAAGUCUAGCAUUCCAAAGGAUCAAAUUCCACCCGCGUACCGUAACCUGCCACCCGCCUGCAUGUAUUAUCUCGCCAGUUUGGCUAAAAAAGUGCAAGAGACAAAGAAUUUAAAAACUAUAUUCGUCGAUGCUUUACCUGAUGUUAAAAUAAAAUUAUCAACUGCUGCGUCAAUCGUCAAACGUUUAGGAUGUCGACCCGUCGUGAGUAGUCACAAGUGGUCCUUCAUGAUCGCUUCGAAGCGACCGCUAGCUACCGUUACUUUAUUACAUGAUGAAACUAGGGAUCGUUUCGCAAUUAUUGGUGCAUUUUUCUUUAACUCGAAACGUGCCACGUUGGAUUUAGUAGAUUUACACCCAAACAACAAGAGCCAGAAGGGCAUCCAAGUAUUAAACACAUUUAUUCGCCCCGAGAUAUUUAUUCCUUUUAACGGUUCUUGGCCUGAUUGGUGUUGCUAUCAGAUCGACGUAAUGUUCGAAACAGGAAGCCAGUUGCCCGGAAAAUUUGAACAAGAUGUAGUAUUUGACUUUAAAAAUGAUCCAAAAAUUAGUAAAAGGGUCGGCAUUACUUUAGAACCCCCAAUAAUUCAGCAGCAGCAACAGCAACAACCCCCCAAUAAAAUUGAACCUCUUGUUCCCGUUUGUGUGAAACCUGCCAAAUUGAAGCCAAACAUCAGUAUUUCUAGUUCCAGCUCGGAGGACGCACUGGAGAGGGUUAGAGACACCGUCUCCCUCAAUAUUCCUCCCUUGCAAAGCAAUAACAUUGACACUAACACUACUCCCACAAUUUCAAGAUCAAAUCCAAAUUCAUCCAUCGAAUCUGGCUCCUUGUCGCAAUCUGUGUCUGACUGUGAGGACAAUUUUGAUGACGAUUUCAGCCGAACAAGUAGUAGCAACGUUAACAAUUUUAAUGUGACGGACCCAUCUCUGUUAAAAAGUGACGGAAAAGUGGGGGCGAUGGAGAACUUGAAGGACAAAGUAUUUAAUUCUCAGCAAGGAAACAAGUCACGUUUCGAAGAGGUUGACUCUGUUGCUGGACUUUUAGUGCGACAAUGGGUCAAUGGGACGGAGACGAGUUACAACCAACUACUUGACGAUUUGGAGGAAGAACAGUUGACGAGAGAGAAUUACGUUUCUUGGAUGAAUCGAUUUAUCCAGUGUGAGAUAAAAGCUCGGGAGCAGGAGUUGUUAAGACUUAGCGUGAAGUCCGAAAUUCAUAUUUUUACUGGGACCAAUAUUGGCGUGGAUAUGAGUACUUCACUUUCCGUGGGGCUGUUUGGAAAACUGUUUUUAGCAAAAGAUAUGAACGAGGAUUCAAAAAUUGGGCGUUUAAUAUUCAAUAAUUGCCGGUCCAUUUCAGUCGGCGAGGUGGAAGGGUCCAUCAUAUCUAAACCGAGAACUUACGUGUGUCGCGUAAUUAACAAAACUGACCGAGCAAUAAUUCUACUCAUUGGAAGAACGGCUGUAGAAGAAUUGAAACUUUCUCCCGGAACGAUUAGGAAACUUGACAUUUGGUUGCAUUUGGAUCACACAUAUUUAGACCUCUUGAAGGCUAUUUUACAAGGAGUUACGGAUCAUCAUCUUAAACUAUUAUUUCCCGUUUUUUCCCAAAAUCAGCAACUUUGGGAUUUUAAUUCGUUAGUGAGUGAUAGCGCUUUAUCGAGAUACGAACAAGACGACACUUUAAAUAGUAAACAACGUGACGCUAUUCAAGCCAUUUUAAGUGCACCAAGCAAAGAUAGUACUUCUCUGUCGAAUACGGCAGAAAUUCCUAUUCUUAUCUCGGGUCCACCCUCGUCAGGAAAAUCGCAACUAUUAGCUCGUAGCAUUUUGUCGAUUUUUAACCCUCAGAAAUCUUCACAAUUUCAGUCUCUGAGUAGAAUUUUAAUUUGCACCCACACCAAUAAGGCUGCAGACGAGUUCAUCACUGGGCCCUUCAGCUCUUGGUUGUCACAAUCGAGUAGAUCAGAGUCUGUUUUGCUUAGAAUUUAUCACGCUGACCAAAUGGCACUUAACGUUAGUUCUGCCGUUAAGAAGCACUGCUUACUAGUAAAUGAUGAAACAAGUUUUCGAUACCCGACUCUGGACGAGUUGCUCUCUUACAAAGUUAUCAUCGUAACGGUCUCAACCUGUCUGGAACUUUUGCAGUUAGGUCUCCCCGAUUACAUAUUUUCACACGUCUUCAUUGACGAAUGCCACCGUAUGAUCGAAGUGGAAAGUCUCUGUCCAAUUCUACUUGCCGGAAAGGAUACGCGAAUUGUAAUAGCUGGUGAUAUGAAACUGUUAAACCCAGAAACUUUUACUCUACCAACGCUCAAGUCCAAGUACAAAGAAGUCACCCUUAUCGAUCGGUUGAAUGACUUGUAUCCGGCACGCCACCACUUUAGAAUUUGUCUCGAUGAGGUUUACAAUAUUAACCAGAACAUUGUUCAGUUUUUAUCCCAAGAAUUCUACUCAUCAACCGUCAAAUGUGCAAAGUCGACCACAAUCGACCAUCCAAAGUAUUAUCCUCUCACGUUUAGCAUUGUUCGAGGAGGCGAAGAAUGCCAACCAGAUCAUGGCGAAGGGUAUUACAGUAUGAUGGAAAUUUACGAAGUCCGAGAUCGAAUUGCACAUAUAAUUCAGUCGUGGCCACCAUCAUGGGGGUCUUACAAGGACCAUGCGAUUGGAGUAAUUACUGCGUAUCCAGAUCAAGCUUUGGCGUUGCGAGUCAAACUAAAUUUUGAAGGAUUGGGAUUUGUGGAUGUAGAAUCUCUACCCAAUGUUUUAUCAAAAAAGUACCGGGUCGUAGUAAUUUCCCCUGUGAGAACUUUUACGAAUGAGGACACCAAUAAUUUACAAUCAGUGAAAGAAUCGGAUUCUGGAGGUGGAUUUUUCAUAAACCCAAAAGCAAUUUAUACAGCGUUGACUAGAGCUCAAGAUUUGACAAUUGUUGUCGGAGAUCUUGUUGCUCUUUGUAACGUCGGGAUUUGCAAAGAUAUUUGGCGACAAUAUAUCAGUAUCUGUCGAAAAAAUAACUCAUUACUUGGGAUGCCUGGAGCUUUUUCUUCUCCUACUCACAAUAGUACUGAAAAACAACCAUUUAAGAAGGAAGGCCAUAAAGUCAGCGCUGUCGUUUCACCAAUAUCAAGACCAACACCUAUGUCUAUUCCGUCUCAAAUCUUGAAAAAAUGUGAACUAUUCUCGUCAUCUCCCAAUUUAGACAGGCAGACUACUGACUCCUCCAUGCAGCUUAAAUCAUCAUCUGGCGAUAUUCUCAGCGCAACGGAUGAUAAAUCAGGCUCGUUGCAAAAAAUUCGCUCACUUUGGAAUACUCCAGAACCACUUGAACCCUUAAUACCCCGUAAAACAGUUCCACCUUCGUCGAUAUCAAACAACAAAAAAGAAGAGACGAAUAACUCAGUCUUAUCUUACUCUGAUAUUUGGGGCAAUAUUCCAACUCCAACUUUGGGGACUGGAAGUCUAGGAAAUUUAACUGAUCCGUCCUCUUCAAUCUGGGGUCCACGUAGUACUUUGAUUCCUGGCAAUAAUAAUGUAGGAUCAUCUAAUCAGCGACAACCACAAAUUAGCGAUGCUCAACAGCUUACUACUCCAACCAGCAGUAGCAAUACCAAUAACAGUAGUAAUAAAAAUAGUUUGAAAGGUACUCCUCCUCUUCAAAGUACGUCAAGUUUCUCAAGCUUUGAAGAAGACAAUUCUUACAAGAGUCCAUUUGAAAUGCCAGACGUUCGACUCAUGGCGGAAGCGGCUCUCGUUCCGAGAUCUCAUAGUGGAAAUACUCUGGUGUACACGAAUCCACCCACCGUAGCUUCAGUAUCACCUUACCGAACAGUUUUACAAAACCAAGCAUCAGUCCCUCAACCUGUGUCAAAUGUGCCAGAAUUGCUCAGUUUACGAUCCCCAUUUUCAAAUAUUUAUCCCAGCCCGAGUCCCCCCUUGUCAAAUAAUUCAACUCAGUGCUGGUCCGGAACCCCUUCACCGCAUGCAGACCUUGCCCAUAUUAUGAUGAAUAAGCAAAUAGUGGCCAACAAUAUGGCCCACGCCCAUCUUCAUCAUCUCCAUAACUAUCCUCCUCCUCCCGGAUUGAAUAUGCCAACUCCUACUCAAAGUCACAUGUCGAAUAGUAUUACUCAAAGUCAAGAACCAUAUUUCAGAGCUACAAGUUUUGAAAUCGCUCAAGCAAACUACGCUUACUAUCACCACGGUCAACAGCCUCGCCGCCUCGGUUACACUCCACCACCUCGAAUGCUCCGCACUUAUCGACCACUUGGCCAAUUGUUGCAUUAUGGAAAUGAACAGCAGACUGCGACUCCUCCUCCUCCCCCACAAGAAUUCAACAACUUUAACAACUCCAAUGUCUCCAGAUUUGCAAAAGAUUCCCCAAAGAAUUUCGACUUUUUUAAAGAAAUGGAACUAACUCCUCCGAACGUGCCAGUCUGCAAUGACAGCUUUUCAUCCGCGUCAUCAUCGUCAUCUCAAGAUCAAGACAAUAGUUUGGAAAUUGACCCGGAAAAUAAAAAGGCUGCAUCAAAGUUCAUGCUGAACUCGUCAGAAUUUCCAGACCUGACAAAACCAACGAAUCUGUCAGCAUCCGGAAAGACAGAAUCUACAGAAUGGAUUGAAGUAAAAAGUACUAAAAAAGGGAAAAAGGACCACAACCAACAGCAACAGCAGCAACCGCAGCAGAGACACAAGAAGAAGAAAUCGUCCACCGUAAUCUCAACCGUGUCCACUUUCCCCUUUGACAGUAAGAACGAUGGAAACAAAGUCAUGACCGUGUCCGACAUGAUUGACUCUUUGAUUGAGAUGGGGUUUACGAAGGGGCAGGCAAUCAAAGCUCUACAAAUGUGCAAUCGUGAUCUUGAACGUGCUGUAGAAUGGUUGAUCCAAUACAGCAAAAAAGAAUGAGUUAUGAGAAUGAGAAAGUUUUUAAAGUAUUUUUUUAUUGUCCUGAUUUACUCAUCUGUUAUAUCUAUGUUGUGAUAUUAGAUCAUUGUAAGAUGCAUAAUUGCACGGGACGAAAUUGUUAUUGUUCUUAGUUUGUCCCGUGUCCUUCACUGUCAUGAUCUUUUAUUUAGAAUUAUACUUUCACUACAAAUAGUUGUUCGAUGUUCAUUUACAUUAUUGACUAAGUAUAUAUAUACUACAUACAUACUUGUAUACAUAUAUAUUACGUUAAAAAUCUUUUAUGAUUAUUAUAUGACAACUUUACAGGCUCCUCAAUAAUAUUAUCCGUUCUAUAUAUAUUAACAAAUUACAUCCACACUGAUCCUACAUGUUGUUUACUUCUUUAUCAUUCAACAGAUUAAAGUUGUAUGUUUGAUUGAGGCUGGAUCAUCCCAGCCUAUUUGUGGCGUCCAAUCCAAUA